AUGAACCCUCAUCAUUUGGACGAUCGAACGGCGUCGCCCGGCCAGCCUUUGAACGCUUACCAGCUGUCCGAUAAUCCAUACGUGCAUGACCAUUUGCAGAUGCCUUCCAGCGACCGUCUAGCGGAGCAGCCAACUUACUCGGUAGAACGAAUUCCCAACUCCUACGGUCAUAAUGAAGCCUACGAGCAACGUCAUCCUGAGCAAUAUCCCGGCUACGAAUAUGCUGUGAACCCGGAAGCUCAUCACGACGCAUACUAUACCCAACCCUACGAGCCAACAGUCACGCCGCAAGAUGAUUAUGAUAUAGGGCAGUAUCACGAGCAACAACAGCCUUACCAAGAUGACCGAGUGCCCAUUUUACAACCUGAUAACCCGUUCGGUCCGGACCCGUACAGUGAUGAGUACCACGACGACCCUGCGGCUGCGCCCUCUCCGAGUCCGGCGCCAAUACGACGCUGGAAGACGGUCAAGGAAGUACAACUCUUCCACGGUAACCUGGUCCUGGACUGUCCCAUUGCGCCGAAGCUGCUCAGUCAAGUUCCUCAUGCGGAACCUCCUGGCCGUGACGAGUUCACUCAUAUGCGCUACUCGGCGGCAACCUGCGAUCCUGCUGAUUUUUACGAGGAACGGUUUACGCUGCGCCAGAAACUGUUCGCGAAGCCUCGACACACCGAGCUUUUCAUCGUCAUUACCAUGUACAACGAGGACGACUUCCUUUUCGCUCGAACAUUGACCGGCGUGUUCAAGAACAUCGAGUACAUGUGCAAUCGGACGCAAAGUAAAACCUGGGGCAAGGACGCAUGGAAAAAGAUCGUCGUUUGCGUCAUCAGCGAUGGUCGUGCCAAGAUCAACCCCCGGACACGGGCUGUGCUGGCCGGUCUCGGUGUGUACCAGGAUGGUAUCGCGAAGCAGCAGGUGAACGGCAAGGACGUGACAGCACAUAUCUACGAGUAUACUACGCAGGUCGGUCUCGAGCUCAAGGGAACUCAGGUACACUUGAAAGGGCGCUCUGCCUGCCCAGUCCAGAUGAUUUUCUGCUUGAAGGAAAAGAACCAGAAGAAGAUCAACUCGCAUCGUUGGUUCUUCCAGGCCUUUGGCCGUGUAUUGGACCCCAAUAUCUGUGUGCUUCUGGACGCAGGAACGAAGCCUGGUCGAGACUCCAUCUAUCAGCUAUGGAAGGCUUUUGACGUCGAGCCCAUGUGCGGAGGAGCUUGUGGUGAGAUUAAAGUCAUGCUGUCGCAUGGCAAGAAAUUGCUCAACCCGUUGGUGGCCGGGCAGAACUUCGAAUACAAGCUCAGCAACAUCCUGGAUAAGCCUCUGGAAUCAGCAUUUGGUUUCAUUUCGGUUCUGCCUGGUGCUUUUUCUGCGUACAGAUACGUCGCGUUACAGAACGACAAGAACGGCCAAGGUCCACUGGAGCGCUACUUCCUGGGUGAAAAGAUGCAUGGCGCCAAUGCCGGUAUCUUCACGGCCAACAUGUACCUGGCCGAGGAUCGAAUUCUGUGUUUUGAGAUUGUGACAAAACGCAACUGCCGCUGGCUCCUGCAAUAUGUCAAGUCAUCGACCGGAGAGACCGAUGUGCCUGAUCGAAUGGCGGAAUUCAUUCUACAACGGCGCCGAUGGCUGAACGGAAGUUUCUUUGCUGCCGUUUAUGCGAUCGCCCAUUUCUACCAGAUCUGGCGAAGCGACCACAGCUUCAUGCGCAAGUUCAUGUUGUUGAUUGAGUUCAUCUACCAGACUAUCAACAUGAUCUUUGCAUGGUUCAACAUUGGCAACUUCUUCUUGGUCUUUCAUAUUCUCACCACCUACCUUGGUGACGCUACUCUCCUCGGGACAACCGGUAAAGUUCUGGGAGUUGUCUUCGAGUGGCUCUAUCUUGCGACCUUGGUGACCUGCUUCGUUCUGGCCCUCGGCAACCGUCCCGGCGGCUCAAACAAGUUCUACAUGACCAUGGUCUACUUCUGGAUUGGCAUCAUGAUCUACCUGACCUUUGCAGCAAUCUUUGUGACUGUUAAAUCUAUUCAGACGGAAGUUGCUGAUAGUUCAUUUACCGUCGGGCAAUUGUUCAGCAACAGCCAAUUUUUCUCGAUCUUUGUCUCCUUGGGGUCGACUUAUGUCAUGUGGCUUCUGGCUUCACUUAUCUUCUUCGACCCCUGGCACAUGUUCACCUCCUUUAUCCAAUACAUGCUGCUUACGCCAACGUACAUUAACGUGCUCAAUAUCUACGCCUUCUGCAACACCCACGACAUCACAUGGGGUACCAAGGGAGACGACAAGGCCGAAAAACUGCCUUCAGCCAACACGAAACCCGGUGGAAAAGUCGAUGUUGAUAUUCCCCAGGACGAUGGAGAUCUUAACGCGCAGUAUGAGGCAGAAUUGGCCAAAUUUGCACAGAAACCGCCCAAGGAGACCAAGGUCAUUUCGGAAGAGGAACGUCAGGCCGACUAUUACAAAGGGUUCCGAAGCGCGGUCGUGCUCGCUUGGGUGUUUUGCAACUUUGCGCUGGGCGCUGUUGUGCUGAGCGCAGCUGGUCUGGAGCGAUUCAGCACCGACACCAGUACGACGGAUGAUACCAGGGCCACGAUCUACAUGGCUGUCGUACUUUGGAGUGUGGCUGGUCUCUCGAUAUUCAAAUUCAUCGGGGCAAUGUGGUUCCUGAUCGUUCGUAUGUUCCGAGGCGUUUGA